AUGUCAACUGAAGGUAUUGUGAAUAAAGAGUCUUAUAAGGGUACAAAGCUUUCACAACAGACUCUUAUUGGAGGUUCUAUUGGUCCAUAUGGUGCGUGUCUAUGUGAUAGAUCUGAAUAUCACGGAAAUUAUAUUGAUACAAUAAAUCUUGAGGAGCUAAAAAUGUGGCAUAGGCCAAGAAUCAAUGCACUUGUUCAAGCUGGUGUUGACUUUUUGGCUAUUGAAACUAUCCCUUCACUUACCGAGGCUGAAGCCAUAUUGAGCGUAAUUUCUGAUUAUCCUGGUGUAGUGUGCUGGAUUGCUUUUUCUUGUAAGGAUGAUAAACAUCUAUGUCAUGGUGAGAAUUUUUGUGAUGCAAUUACAGUCAUUGAAAAGUUCAAACAGGUCGAAGCUGUUGGAAUAAAUUGUACUCCUUCUCAAUUUGUCGAGCCAUUAUUAUUAAGUAUUCAAAAAAGACAACGAAACCAGUUGUAGUUUAUCCCAACUACAACCUAGCGUUUGGACCAACUAGAGAUAAUUCCCUUCCUAAGUAUAAGACAUUUGCAUCAACUUGGCUUCAACAAGGUGUUAAUGUUAUAGGAGGUUGCUGUGGAGUAACAGCUGCAGAUAUAUUGGAUAUAAAAAAACUUACGCAGAAGAUCGAUCCAUAAAACGAAAAUACCUCUGGCUACAUACACUGAUUGAAACUCAGGUAAUUCGUGAAAGCUAACCAAGCGUCCCUUUACAAAUCGCUUCACUAAGUCUUCGUUUACGUAAGGACGAGCUGUAAGUUCUACAAGCAACAGAGUUUGGUUUAUGCUGUUGGUCGUCUAUUUUAGCUCUAUGUAUCAUAAUUAGGUGCAAUUUGAGAACUUUAAAAAGAUCGUCAACAUUACGUUGUAAAAUGUACACAAUAGUUUGUUCGUUCAUUAUGAUGACCAUCAAGAACAAAAAACUGAAAAUAAAGUCAUUUACAUUCAUUGGA